AUGGCCUAUCACAAAGUGAAUGCAGACCAGAGAGCACAGGGUCACUCUCCGUACCUUGACAACGAUGAGCUCCAAGCCACAGCACUGGAACUGGAAUGGGACAUGGAAAAAGAGCUGGAGGAGCCUGGCUUUGACCAUUUCCGACCGGAUGGUGCGGUCCAGCAUCACCUGGGAAACUCACAAAGCCCUGACCUUGAUCUCGAGCCCAUCCAGCCAUCAUCUUCUCCAAAGGGAAGAUUCCAGCGGCUUCAGGAGGACCCCGACUACAUCUCACACUAUAUGAGACAGGCACCAAAGAGCAACCGCUGCAAUUUUUUUCAGAUACUGAAAGUAUUUUGCACUGCUUUGAUUUUAUUUAUUUUUGGAAUUGUGAUAGGAUAUUAUGCACGCAAGAAAUGCCCUUCUUCCCCAGCAUCUCAAGAACCAAAUAACCUUCAUAUCUACCGUGAAAUUCUCAAGGAAAUCAAAGCUGAAAGUAUUCAACAGAUUUACAGAGAUCUGUUACAGUUCCCUAGAGAAGAUGAUGUAGACAUUGCAAUGAAAAUUCUGGUUCAGUGGCGUUCCCAAGGCCUUGAAGAUGUCCAGCUGGUAAAUUACUCUGUUUUGCUUGACCUACCGGGUGCUUCUUCAAACACAGUAACUCUGAAAAACAGCGGUGAAUGCUUUUAUCCUAGUGGACAACAGUGCAACAGAGAGACCAAAACACUUCAUAGCCAAGACCUCCUGUACUCGUAUGCAGCUUACUCUGCCAAAGGAACUCUUGAGGCAGAACUUGUUGAUAUACAGUAUGGCACCGUGGAAGACUUGAUCCGGAUUCAAGCCAUUACAAACGUGACCAAAAAAAUUGCACUUUUGAAGCUAGGACAAUCACCUUUGCUUUAUAAGCUUUCUCUGUUAGAAGAUGCAGGGUUUGGCGGUGUUCUUCUUUACGUCGAUCCUUGUGACUUACCAAAGACUACAGAUCUUCGUGAUAAAGCUUUUAUGGUUUCCUUGAACAGCGGAGGAGAUCCAUCAACACCUGGUUAUGCCAGUAUUGAUGGAAGCUACAGACAAAAUCGACUGAACCUCACAACACUGCUAGUACAACCAGUUUCUGCAGUGCUUGCCAAAAAACUCGUUUCCUUACCUGAGGACGCUGUCCAAAAAGAUAGGUGUAUACCCCUCCAAAUGCCAGCUACAGGCAAAAAAAUAAUCAGUCUGAAUAUUCAGUCAGUCACAACUUACAAGACAAUUUCUAAUGUUAUUGGAUAUUUAAAAGGAACUGUAUUUCCUGACAGAUACGUCAUCAUUGGUAGUCAUCACAACAGUUUGAAUACUUACGGUGGACAAGAAUGGGCCAGUAGCACUGCUAUCAUCACAGCAUUUAUACAAGCCUUGAUGUUGAAGGUUAAGAGAGGCUGGAGACCUGACCGGACCAUUGUUUUCUGCUCAUGGGGAGGAACAUCAUUUGGGAACAUUGGUUCAUACGAAUGGGCAGAGGAUCUCAAGAGAGUUCUUCAAAGAAAUGUUGUGGCUUAUGUUAGCCUCCAUAAUCCAGUGAGAGGCAACUCAACUUUACACCCUGUUGCAUCCCCUUCUCUUCAGCAACUGGCAACAGAGAGCCAGAGCUUCAACUGUGUGGAAAAGACUAAAUGUCCCGGAUCUAAUGUGAGUUCAGUGCAGAUACAGGGAGAUUCAGAUUAUUUCAUCAACCAUCUUGGAGUACCUGCCACGCAGUUUUCUUAUGAGGACAUCAAAACAUCAGAGAAUUCUAGCUUUCUCUCCGAAGCUCUUUUUCCUGUACAUACGACAAAAACUGAAGAGCUGGAUCCCUCCUUCAGCCUGCACGAGACCAUUGCAAAGCUAACAGGACAAGUGACUUUGCAAAUUGCCAAUGAACCAGUUUUGCCGUUUAAUGCCCUCGACAUCGCGUUAGAAGUUCAGAACAGUCUUAAAGGUGAUGAAGUAGAUGUUCCUCAGCUGCUUGCAGUGGCAUCACGUCUGAGGGACACCACAGAAUUGUUCCAAUCAGAUGAGAUGCGCCCAGCUAAUGACCCCAAGGAGCGAGCUCCUAUCAGAGUCAGGAUGCUCAAUGAUGUGCUACAAAGCUUGGAGAAAAGCUUCCUGGUUCAUCGAGCUCCUCCAGGACUUUACAGAAAUAUUCUUUACAGACUAGAUGAAAGGACAAGCCAGUUUUCAGUACUGCUAGAGGCUCUGGAACACUGCAAACUACAUCAGUCAAAUGAGACCGUUCAAGCAGCCUUGUCAGAGGUGCUGAACAGCAUCAAUUCAGCUCAGGUUUACUUCAAAGCAGGACUUGAUGUGUUUGAGACUACCUUAGCUGGAAAGAAAUGA